AUGUCUACCACCUCAUACCAGUUCGUCCCACCCAAGGUGUACAACGAACCUUCGUUCGAGUACGCAAAGGGUUCGCCUGAGCGUGCGCUCGUCGACAAAGCUUUAAAGGAGAUGAAGGCGCAGCUUCCGUUCGAAGUGCCCUGCGUUGUGGGCGGAAAGGAGAUCAAGACGGGGCAGAUGAUGCAGCAGAUCCGGCCCGACGACGUGAAGGGUCAGCCGCUGGCCGAGUUCCACGCCGCUACGCCCGAUGUUAUUGCACAGGCGAUUAAGGGCGCCGUCGCAGCCCAGCGCAAGUGGGCCUCGACGCCGUGGUACGAGCGUGCGACUAUCUUCCUCCGUGCCGCUCAGCUCGUGUGCGGCAAGUACCGUUGGCAGCUGAUGGCGGCCACGAUGCUGGGUCAAGGCAAGAAUGUCCUCCAGGCCGAGGUCGACUGUAUCGCCGAGCUCGCCGACUUCUUCCGCUUCUCCGUCCAAAUCGUCGAUGACGGGUACAAGCAGCAGCCCAUGACUGUCGUCAAUGAUGCGGCCAACCGCAUCGAGUAUCGACCUCUCGAGGGCUUCACGCUUGCAGUGUCGCCGUUCAACUUCACUGCCAUCGGCGGAAACCUCGUUAUCGUUCCCAGCAUCCUCGGCGGUGUCGCACUCUGGAAGCCCUCCCCUAUGAGCUUGUACGCCAACUACCUCACCCACAAGAUUCUCCUGGAAGCAGGUGUGCCGGGCGACGUAAUCCAGUUCAUCCCUGGCGACGCUGUGGCGAUCACCAAGCAGUGCUUCGAGCACCGCGACUUUGCCGCCCUUCACUUCGUUGGCUCCAGCAAGGUCCUCCGCGACCUCUGGGAGCAGGUCGGCGCCAACAUCCACAAGUACCGCUCGUACCCGCGCAUCGUGGGCGAGACCGGCGGCAAGAACUACCACCUCCUGCAUCCCAGUGCGGACUUCGAGUCGACGAUCACCCAGGCUAUCCGUGCCGGAUUCGAGUACCAGGGUCAGAAGUGCAGCGCCCUCGGACGCCUCUACAUUCCCCGCAGCAUGUAUGAGGCUGGGUGGCUAAACCAGCUCGUCGAGCAGGUGAAGACAAUCGUUCAGGGACCUGUCGACCAGUACCCCUCGUUCAUGGGCCCGGUCAUCAGUGAGCGGUCGUUCGACAACAUCCUGUCUCUUAUCGAGGCGGCCAAGGCCGAGGGCGGGGUCGUCCUCACCGGAGGUAAGGGAGACAAAAGCGAGGGUUACUAUGUCCAGCCGACUGUGAUCCUGACGAAGGACCCGAAGUCCGUCACCAUGACAAAGGAGAUCUUUGGCCCGGUGAUCACAGCAUACGUUUACGAGGACGACGAAUUCGAGAACAUCUGCGACCUCAUCGACGAUACCACCGAGUAUGCCCUCACCGGCGCCGUAUUUGCGACCGACCCGCACGCCCUCGCCCGCGCGACAGAGAUCCUCCGAUACUCGGCCGGAAACCUGUAUCUGAACGAGCGCACCCCCGGAGCCCAGGUCGGACAACACCCGUUCGGCGGUAACCGCUCCUCAGGCACGAACGACAAGAGUGGCACCUGGGCCCAUUUCUCCCGAUUCGUUUCGCCCCGCACUAUCAAGGACAACUUUGCCUCGCCUCCCACUCAGUUCACUCACCCCUCCAACGUGGCCUAA